CUCUUAGUCCUAUCAAUGUAAGACACUCUUCUACGUUGGCCUCUGCUGCGCGUGAUAGUCACAGUGUUAAGAAAGGACCAGGAGAGGUAAAAUUCCGAUCUGCUGCAUCAGGAACAUCAUUUUUAGGCAGUAGUCUUCUGAGACCGGGCCUCCGAAGUGCGUUAGACGCGUCUACUAGCAGAGAAGAGGAAGACGCUAGUCCGCCAGGACCGGGUGGGCAAAACCAAAACGACGCCAGUCCUCAAGGAGACGAUCUAAAGCUGCUGACACAAUCCGAGGAGCUUUUUGGGCGCGACUUCAAACUCCGCGAUAAACUAUCCG